AUGUCGGUGAAAACUGUGAAGGUGAGUAAUGUUUCUGUAAAGGCGACGGAUAAAGAUCUCAAGGAGUUCUUUUCUUUCUCUGGUGAUAUUGAACAUGUUGAGAUGCAAAGUGUUGAUGAGAAAUCUCAAGUGGGAUUCGUUACCUUCAAAGAUACUCAAGGCGCAGAUACUGCAGUCCUUCUCUCGGGAGCAACUAUAGUUGAUCUUGCCGUCACCAUAGCACUAGAUCCAGAUUACAAGCUACCACCAGCUGUCUUACUGGCAAUGGAGAACAAUCCAGCUGCACCCUCUGAUCCAGACUCAGCUCUCCGAAAGGCAGAGGACGUGGUCAGCAGCAUGCUGGCCAAAGGCUUCAUCUUGCGCAAAGACGCCGUCAACAAGGCCAAAUCCUUCGACGAGAAGCACCAGCUGACAUCAACUGGCAUAGCCAAAGUCGCCUCCUUCGACAAGAAGAUAGGCCUCACUGACAAGAUCAGCGCCACCAGUACCGUGAUGGGUGACAAGGUACGAGAAGUUGACCAGAAGUACCAGGUCUCUGAGAAGACCAAGUCUGCACUCGCGGUUGCAGAACAGAAGGUCAGCAGCGCUGGUUCAGCAAUCAUGAAGAACCGCUACGUGUUCACCAGUGCUGCUUGGGUGACGGGGGCAUUCAGUAAAGUGGCCAAGGCAGCAGAAGACGUGGGUCAGAAGGCCAAGGAGAAGGUUGGGAUGGCUGAGGAAGAGCAGAAGAAGAAAGUAGUGGAGGAUUUUGGUUCAGUUCACUUGGCCGAUUCCCCGAAUGUACCAUCAAGCCAUGAUCAUGAUGAUCAGAAAGAGCAGAAGUCGUCUGCCCCUGCUGAUCCGAAAUUUCCUCCUAGUUCUGACAUCAAACCGACAUCGCCUUCUCCCAAAUCUCCUUCCAAGCCAGCACCUGCUCAAGGGUUGAUCCUUUGA